UUGCUGUGAGGAAGACCUGAAGGAGAGGGUUGGUGGAAUACCAGAACUCUCAUUGGCUCUUUAAAUAAAGAAUACUUUACUGGGAGCACGUACGCACAAAAAAACUGCCAACGUGUUCACUGCGUGAGUGCUUGCUUAGGUUGUGUAUGAGAAGAUAACACCAUGUUUGUGAUACUUCCGAUAGUGCUCUGUUUAGUUCAAACACCAGAGCUUGCCAGUGCUGAACUGUUCACAUCUAAUGCCCACUUGCAAACUGCUUUGUAUGCUGAAAGAGACAUUUCUAGCCUUUUAAAGUUGUAUGUGGAGAAAGAAGAAGCCAGAAUUUCAAAAAUCAAACAGCUAGCUGAAGAUUUUGACAGACACAGCAAGAGGGCAUUGGAGGAUGUUGACAAGUAUCUCGGCAACCCAGUCAAUGCUUUCCUGCUGAUCAAGAAGUUCACCUUAGAUUGGGAUCGAAAUGUCACCCCUGUUCUCUCCAACAAUACAUUAGAUUCUCUUAUGGAAGAGAUUGAACAAGUUAAGAGUGACCUCCCCACAUUUGAGGACCUGAAAGGUGCAGCUUCAGCCCUCAUGCGUCUACAAGACACAUACCACUUGGACACUUCAGCUGUGGCUCAUGGAGAAUUGGGAGGAGUGGCUUCCCCUAUUCUAUCAGCCGAGGAAUGCUUUGAGUUAGGCCGGCUGUCGUACAAUGAAGGAGAUUUCUACCACACAAUGCUGUGGAUGAGCCAAGCUUUAGACCAUGUCAGCUUUGAGCAGGCAGAUGGCAAGUUAAGAAUUGAGAGCCAGGAAACUGAGGGCCUGGCAGGGGACUUGGAAUCUGCCAGGGUGGAGGUCCUAGACUAUUUGGCUUUUUCUUAUUUCAAGCUAGGUGACAUCUCUCAAGCCCUAGUGCUGACAAAUGAACUUUUGGCAAUUGAUCCUGGCCAUGAGAGGGCGGCCAACAACAAGAAAUACUUUGAGGCCAUGCUGCAGGAUGAGACAAGGAACAAAAGAUCAGUGGAUAAAAACAAACCAGGCUACCAUAUAAUCAGGGAUGAAUACAGAAACUCUGAGGAGUUCCUUACCUAUGAGGCCCUUUGUAGGGGAGAGAAUGUUGUACCCAUACAAAAUGCGGACAGGCUGACCUGCCAGUACAGGACCAACAACCACCCUCUGUUGCUGCUCCAGCCUGCUAAAGAAGAGACAGUGCACCUGGACCCGUGGGUGGUCAUCUACCACGAUGUGCUGUCAGAUGAGGAAAUUAGAACAAUUAAACACUUGGCUACACCCAGGCUGAACAGAGCUACAGUUCAAAACUCUAAAACUGGAGAAUUGGAAUUUGCCAAUUACAGGAUAAGUAAAAGUGCCUGGCUUAAGGGUGAUGAGCACCCAGUGAUCCAGAAGGUCAACAACAGAAUGGAGGCAAUCACUGGUCUAGAGAUGAGUACAGCUGAAGAACUUCAGAUUGCUAAUUAUGGACUUGGAGGUCAUUAUGAACCACAUUUUGAUUUCGCUAGGAAAGAAGAAAAAGAUGCUUUCAAGUCACUAGGCACAGGGAACAGAAUAGCCACAUUUUUAAAUUAUAUGUCUGAUGUUGAGGCAGGGGGCGCUACUGUGUUUCCUUACAUUGGAUUGAAACUUUUUCCAAAGAAGGGUAAUGCAGCUUUCUGGUUCAACCUGAGGAAAAAUGGAGAGGGCAUCUACAACACCAGGCAUGCUGCCUGUCCAGUCUUAGUGGGCACCAAGUGGGUGGCCAACAAGUGGAUUCAUGAGCGCGGCCAGGAGUUUAGACGGCCUUGUAGCCUGACAGAAGAUGAAUAGGGCUAAAUUAUGGUUUUCUCUAAUUAAUUAGGUUUUAUUUUUCUCUCUAGGAUACUUUUUUAAAUACUGAGUUAAUGGCAGCUACAGUCAGAAUUUUUAAGGCAAAAACAAAAUUUAUUCUAGCAUUCUGGAUGUUAGUUCAAUUUAUUAUAAAAAAAACUUGUUAGUUUUAGUUCAUUAUUUUUUUAAAUUUAAAAAAAAAAAAUUAUAGAUUAAUAAGUGAAGACAUUAUUUUGAAUUCCAGUUAUUUAAUUGUAUUUCCACUGUAGUUUUCCGUCCCAGUUGCAUGUGCUAUUUAAAGAAAGAAUUCAAUGUCUAGCUAUGAUAAGAUGCUAAAUGUUUUUUAAUAACCCAAUCUUCCAAUUAUGUGUUCAAAGAAACUUGUACUCAACCCACCUGUCUUGUCUUAUCCUUGUUAGCCAACUUUACACCAGCUUAGUUGGAAGUAAUCGGUCGUCAAAAGCACUACUAGAAAUUUCUCAUGUGAAAGAUUGCAUUUGUUUUUGUCAAAUUUCAUCUUUUUAACUCGUUUCUCUUUUGUGAGGCCAGUUGUAUUUUUUUCAAACUAUUUACCCAGAACGUAACAGGGGUAUUAAAAAUAUUUGCAAUUGUGGUCUUUUGUAACAUUUAAAAGAAGAAUAAAUUUAAUUUUUAAAAAGAUUUUAAAUAGAAAAACUAUUUCAUUUUAAUAUUUUUAUAAAGAAUAUUUUUCUUGAUAAGAAGUUUGAUAAAAUGUUUAUAUCAAAGUGACACCAUAAAUAGUGUAUGCAUGUUGUUUUUGAUGUACUCUAAUUUGUUGCAUGAACUACCUAGUAGGUUUGAGUUUAAGAAUGUUCUCCUUGCUGUUGUAUUUCUUUUCUACCUGAAGUUAAUUUUCUGCUGUUGACCAUUUGAUUGUAUCAGCCGGCCAGUAUGUCCUUUGAUAUUGAAUUCCUCAAUUGACGGAGUUGUUUACAAGUAAUUAUUUUCACGGCUGUCUGUUUUUACCUGACUUUGAUUACACAUUUCUUUUUACAUUGAGUGUCAUAAUACAAGUGUAAAUAAAUGUUUUUUAACGUGAGAUAAAGAGAAUGAUACUCUUUAUUUAUGAUGGUGCUAAAUUGAUUUGCUUGUUGCAGAACUUUAUUGGCCUUGGUUUCCAAGUUUAUGAUGCCCUCUCAUUGUGGAUCAAAUGUUUUAAAUAUUUUACAUUAUUUUAUAUUUUUAUAGGGAUUAUCAAGAUCUUGAUUGAUUCAAAUUUACUAUUUUGAAGUCUUACAUUUCAAGUGGUCUUUAACUCAGUAUUUCCUUUUUAACUUAUUUUUCUCCCUUCUAAAGGGAGAUGACUCCAUCUAACUUUGAUUAUUAACAACAAACACAUUAUUUUAAAUAAUUAUUGUUACUCUUAUUUUUUGUUGUUUGAAUUAUUGGUGAAAGGAAUAGCUUUAAUUUGAAAUAGUUAUGUUUAAACCCAUGCUUUUCUUGUGUUUUUGUUUUGUGCUAAGAUUGUUUUUAGAAUGAAAUUAUUUUUAAAAAAAACAAUAGUGAAUCAAAGUGACAUUUCAUUAAUAUUCUGUGAUUGUGUAUUGUAAUUUGGUUGUAAUUUUUUGCCAAAUUCAAAGAAAAAAAAAAUGUUUGUUAUUUUACAUGUAUUUUAUACACAUUUUUAAAAAAAAAGUCUAGAGCAAUGUUUCAA